AGAGAGUCUCUCAGGAGGCUGGAUUAGCCACAAGUUGUGGUGAACCAGGGUAAAAUCGGUGUGCCUCUUACUCUUCUCUUUACUUCUCGUUUAUUCAUUUUUUAUUCCUGCGAUUUCUUGAUCAAACGCUAUUCACCCCCCCCCUCUAGCGUUGGUCUAUUAUUCUAACAAUUGGUAUCGGAGCCUAACUCGCGUCCAAACUUAACCGUUUGAGAGUAAAGCGAUCAUGGGUUCUUCUUCUAGAAAUCUCUAUGCAGGAAUUGGAGAAGGUCAAUCAACUUCUAGGCCACCACUCUUUGACAGCACCAACUAUUCCUAUUGGAAGGAACGGAUGAGAAUAUAUAUCCGUUCCACCAACUUCCAAUUAUGGUUGGUCAUCAAAAAUGGAGAGGAAAUCCCGAUGAAGAAAGUUGACGACAAGUUGAUCCCCAAGACCGAAGAUGAGUUUGAUGUCGAGGACAUCAAGAAGAUUCAGAAUUAUGCAAAGGCCAUCAAUAUGCUAUAUUAUGCGGUCAACCCCGAUAACUACCGGAAAAUCUCCUGCUGCACAACCGCCAAGGAGAUGUGGGACAAGCUUGAAGUGACGUACGAAGGUACUGAUCAAGUUCGUGAAGCCAAGAUCGAUUUUCUCGCUCAAGAAUACGAAAUGUUCCGAAUGAAAGAAGGUGAGAAAAUCGAUGACAUGUUCGACCGGUUCUCAAAGAUCAUCAACGACCUUCAUGCUCUCAAAAAGACUUACGCCAACAAGGAUCUCGUGAGGAAAAUCCUGCGAAGUCUCACACCCGAAUGGAGGUCAAAAGCCGAUGCAAUCUACGAGUCCAUCGGAGUCUCCAAUGUCACCAUCGACGGGCUAAGAGGUAACCUCAAAACUUAUGAAUCUACUAUUCUAACCCCGUCUUUGGAUGAACAAAAGAAGAAAGGAAUAGCGCUCAAAGCAACCAAGGAGAUCGUAGAGGAGGUUUCAAGCGAUGACGACAACGAAUUUGGACUUGUCAUCAAGAAGUUCCACAAGUUUAUGAAGAAGGAAUUUGAGCGGAAGGGAAGGAAGCACGACGGUCCUCUCAAGUGCUACAGCUGUGGCGAGAUUGGCCACAUCAAGCCAAGGUGUCCAAAAGCCAAACACGGCAAGGACAAGCCCGGCUUCAAGAAGCAAAGGGCUUACAUCUCUUGGGGUGGCGAUUCCGGAGACGAAUCAACCGACCAAGAGGAGGACGAAGCUGCAAAUCUCUGCCUCAUGGCGCACGAAGAUCAAAACGACGACGUCCAAGAGGAAGGAAUAGGUUUUGAUAAAAAUAAAGCUAAAGAUAAUGUUGAGCCACCACCUAGACAAUCAUCUAAGGUUCAACAUAAGAAACCUAAAAAUCAAGAUAAUGCUCGCUUGGCGAGAAAGGCUAUUUGUGAUGAUCUUGUAGAUUCACUCGAAAGAUUACACGUUGAAGACGAUGAAGAAGACACGCCAUUAUACACCAACCCGCAACCACAACCUGAGGAAACACCUCAAGUGAUGGUCGAAAAUGAGGACCAAGCGGACAAAGAAGAACAAGAGGAAGCCCAUGAACAAGAGGAAACCGAGCUUCCCAUCGCUUGGAGAACGCACAAGAACCAUCCACUUGACCAGGCUCGGAAGGAGAUCAACCCGGCGCUGAUUCGGGUCUUCUACUCCAACCUCCAGCGUGAGGGCGACGUGCUCUACUCUCUUGUCAAGAGCACGCCGAUAGAGCUUUCCGUUGAGCAGCUUGGGCGCAUCGCUGGCCUCUCCUACCAAGGCGACGACGUCUCCCACUAUGGCGGAGAGGACUGGGUGCUCAACAACGAGGGCCUUAUCCUCAACGAGCUUGGCAUCACCGAGCUCAUCCGCCAUGCCUCGGGCUGCCCCACCAUCCACUCCGCUAACCCCGAAGGCUGUCUCGUUCUCUACAUCGUGUCCCGGAUCAUCAAACCCCGGAAGCACGGCCACACAAUCAUGUCCGGUGAGGACCUCAAGCUCAUCCAUGCGAUCAUGCACUCAGCCCCAAUCAAUUGGGCAAAGUUUGUCAUGAUCAACAUGACGAUUGCCGCGUCCACCGACCACGAUCACCUCCUCCCGUACCCGUUCGUGGUGAUGGUCAUCCUUGAACGGUUCAAGGUGACCACCACCGUUGGCCCACUCACGAAGGCCACGAAGAUUUGGGCGAUCAGCACCCAAACCUUCAAGAAGCGGUCGGACAACGCCGGACCUGCCACUGCCGCGCCACGGCGCCGUUCUACUGCUGGUCCAGCCGAACCCAAGGCCCGGGCCAACCUUGCCUCCAUCGCCGACUCCCUCAAUCGGCUUCACUUCAAAGUUGACGGGAUGGAUGGCUACCUUGAGCGGCUCGACGAGGCUGUUCAACGCCAAGGGCACGCCAUGAACGCAUACUUCCAUCGCGUCAACUACGCCCCCCCACCGUACCAAGGCAUGUUCCUUGGGCAAGUGUACGGUGACGAGGAUGAAGAGGAUGGCUCCUACGCCCCGUCAAACUCCCCGGACAAGGACGAGUUCGAUGACGCCGUUGACGGCGAUGAGAUGGACGUCGACGACGAGGAGGAGGAAACCGAAGACGAAGACUAGGCCACACCUAGAAUUUUUAUCUCUUCUUUCUUCAAUUGUCUUGCUUUUUAUUAUUAUUACUUCCGUUGUACUCCGCCUUUUCCCUUUAAUAAAUAAAAUUAUCUUUUAUCUUUUUGUUAAUGUCAAAAGGGGGAAGAAAAGGGCUAUGCAUAU